AUGUCUUUCACAUCCAAAAAGCGGAAAUCCUCCGAGAUCGUGCACAACGAUGGUGACAUUAAUGGAGGGACGGUAACAAAACGCGGCAAGGGCAAAUCUGGCACUGUAUUCAAACCCUCUUCCAAAGUCCAAUCGGACUCGGAGGGGAAUCAGUUUUGGGAAAUCUCCAAAAACAGACGCGUGACUAUAUCCGAUUUCAAGGGAGCAAAGCUGGUCAAUAUUCGGGAAUACUACCAACAGGACAACAAGUGGUUACCGGGAAAGAAGGGCAUCUCCAUGAGCAUUGAGCAGUAUUCCGCCCUCAUCGACAUCAUGCCUCAAAUAGAAGACGUUCUUAAGCAGAAGGGCGAGAAAGUACCCCGACCGAACUACCGUGGACGGGCUCCGGACGAGGACGACCAAAAUGGCGAGGAAGAAGACGAUGAGGAAAUGGACUACAAAAAGGCCAAUAUCGAGGCAACAAGCGACGAAGAAGAGUGA